AUGACUCGAAAUAUUUCUGUACGAGCUACCAAUAACAAACGGAAGUUCAUGGCUGCUCCAACAAAACCAUGGGAAAGAGCAGGGAUAAACUAUCAAAAUUCUGGAAGCUUACCAGCAAAUAACAUGUCAGGUCCUCCUAUAGGAGGUACAGAGAGCCUGCCACCAUGCUGUGUCCCAGGUGCAUCAGGCCCGGGGAAUCCUCCCCCGAUACCCUCCCGUCCGACACAAACUGGCAUGGGAAGUCGCUUAUCAUCACCAUACGGGGGAUACAGUAGUUAUUCUCCCUAUAGUAGUUAUGGAGGAAUGGGCGGAUAUGGCUACAGUCCUUACAGCAGUUAUGGAUCUAUGGGUUAUGGGGGAAUGGGGGGAUAUAACAGAAUGGGUUAUGGUGAUGAUUUCAAUCAAAACAGCAUUGCCAGACUGGCAGAGGAAAGCUCUAGGCCUGCAUUCCAGUCCAUUGAAAGUAUAGUCAAUGCCUUCACCUCUGUUAGCAUGAUGUUGGAUUCCACAUUUCAGGCCAUGUACAACUCGUUCCGAGCAGUUGUAGGUGUCGCUGACAAUUUCACUCGCCUUAAAUCCCAGAUUGGUCAAGUAUUGUCGGCUUUUGCAGUUUUUCGAUUUCUGAAGUAUCUAUACCGUAAACUAUUGGUGUUGUUACGACUGAGGCCCCAAGGUUAUGCGGAAGAAGCUUGGUCAAAGGCAUCUGAUGUGUUAAGUCAGCUUCCUGAUGAAGGGGGAGCUCCCAAGAAGAGCACAUGGCCUAUAAUGCUGUUCUUUGGAGUCAUUAUGGGAGGACCCUGGCUCAUCUGGAGGAUGAUAUCCAGCUUGAGUGGACCUUCUGUGAAAGCCUGGGCUUCUGGAGAAGAUGACCAUUUUGUUGCCAGGGCAGAGUAUGAUUUUAAUGGGAACAGUGAGGAAGAGCUUUCUUUCAAAGCAGGACAGCUUAUCAAAGUAGCACCAAAAGAAAUUCAACCACGAAUGAGAGGCUGGCUUUUGGCAUCUGUGGAUGGACAGAAAGUUGGAAUUAUUCCUGGAAACUAUGUAAAGGUGCUCGGAAAGAAGAGAGGCACAAAACACCAACAACAGUCUUCCCCUGGUAAUGCAGCAGAUCCUGCACAGACCCCAACAUUAAGCUCAGUCAACAGUGCCUCUGCUCCAGACAUGGUGUCCGGAACAAGCACCUGUUGUAAGAAAUCAUGUGAUAAGUCAGAGAGUGUGAACAAUGGACAAGUCAAACCAGUGGCUAGUGCACCAUGUAUGGACAACUUCAAUUCAACUUCAGAAAACAGUACAUCCUUUGCUAAUCUAGAGGAUGCAUUUCCAAUUGAUUCUAAUUCACAGAACAAUUCAGUAAGGCAACCAGAAAAUUUGAAUGCAAAGGAUAUUUUGGAUGCCAACGAGGAUAACCUAAUAAAUUAAGUUUGGUGUUGGGUAUUACCAGUACUGCCAUAAUUGUGAUAACUGAUCAAACAAUCAGAUUAAAUAGGAUUACAACUGACAUAAUUUAUUGAUGGUGUGUGUACUGUGUACAUGGUAUUGAUUUUUCUCAUAAGUAAUGGAAAAUUGAAUCAGGAAAAAAGCAGAUAUAUAUUUUAUGUACAACAGUGUCCUUAGGUGCAUGUUGAAUAUGCUAGUAAGAUCCUUUUAUAUUGAAUUUAAAUCACAAUAAAUAAUUUAGAUUUAUGAGCUGAACAUUUCCAAUUCUAUUGUGAAGUCCUUUUUGUAUACAAUCAUUUAUAUGAUAAUCCUUGAAAUCCAGCCUCACUUUCAUUCAUAUAAUUUACAUGUAUUUCCUUUCUCUGCCACUAGUUUAAUUACAGUUAUCUCUCUUGGCUGUUUAUAGUUGUUGUAUCUCAUUUCUUGUGAUGUGAAGUGAGGAGAACUCAGAUUGCUUUUCUUUUCUAGAAAGUGUGGUAUUAUCUGGGGUAGGGAUUUAUAUUAUUUUAAUAUCUUUUCAGAAAUAAAGUAAUUGAAUGUCAGGAUAAUGUUUCCAAUUGAUCGGGUUUAACCAUAUUAUAAUAUUGCAAGAACUGAAAUGGGUGAUCUCUAAGACUCUAACAAUACAAUUUAAAAUUUCUUUUUACAUUGCAAAAAAAUAAAAAGAAGUAUGGUAGAUCUACUCAUAACAUAUAUAUCUUGUUUCUUAAGUUUAGGUUAUAAUAUAAUUAUUGGCAGAUUUCUUAAAAAUUUUGAUGUUAAUAUUUGUGAAAUAUUAUUUAAAAAGAAAAAAUAUUGAAUUGAUAUAAUUGUAGAAUCAGAACUUUUGAUAUGUGAUUUUUUAUGGCUAAAAAACAAUUAUACAAAAUGCAAGUGAUUUUUUAUAUGCUGUAUAAAUGAGGGAAAUGAAUUUUAAGAGAAUGUUUGUAAAGGGUUAGGGAAAUUGCUUGUCAAUUAAAAAUCAGCAUGUGAUUUAUAUGUAAAUUUAAAAUAAAAAUAAGAUUAUGAUAGA